AAGUCGGCGCGGGCGACCAACACUUCGUACCCUGCCAAGUCUGGCGAGUGCUGUUGUUGGUUAGAACCACCAUGAGCAAGCGCAACCAAGUGUCCUAUGUGAGGCCCGCAGAGCCCGCCUUCCUGUCCCGCUUCAAAGAGCGAGUCGGCUACAGGGAGGGGCCCACCGUAGAGACCAAGAAAAUCCAGCCUCAGCUCCCAGAUGAAGAUGGCAAUGACAGUGACAAAGAAGAUGAACAGCCUCAAGUAGUGGUUUUAAAAAAGGGAGACCUAACAGCUGAAGAGGUCAUGAAAAUUAAAGCAGAAAUAAAGGCAGCCAAAGCAGAUGAAGAACCACCUCCAGCUGAUGGAAGAAUCGUCUAUCGAAAACCAGUGAAGCGUUCCUCAGAUGAGAAGUGUUCAGGUUUAACAGCAAGCUCCAAAAAGAAGAAAACAAAUGAAGAUGAUGAUGAAAAGCAAAGUUCAAUUAGAAAGAACUCACAAAAACAAAUAAAAAAUAGCAGUCUCCUUUCUUUUGACAGUGAAGAUGAAAAUGAGUAAAUAUAAACAUUGUGGACAUUUCCUUUGAAAGUACUGAGGUGUUUUUAAAAAUACUACUUUCCCUAUAGCUUCAAGUGACCCUUCAAGUACUACGGAUUCAUUACAGAAAAAUUCAUAAAUUUCAUGAAAUAAAUGCAUCCAUCACUGCCCCUGUGUGUGAAAAUGCUGGACAUUCACUACUGUUAGCAUUUUGUAUUAUCUCCCACCUAUGGGUAUGUAUAUAUGUAUAUUGCAUUUUUAAACAAAACUGAGAUUGUUAUAUA